UGAUCCAGGUUGGAAGUAUGGAACUUGUUCAAAUCCUCUUAACAAGAAUAGGAUCGAGUGCAUGUUUUGCAAAAACUGUUAUAACGUCGGCAUCAACAGAUUAAAGAAGCAUUUAGUCGACAUUAAAGGGGAUGUGGCGUCAUGCAUUCUAGUGCUUGCUAAGGUCAGGAGAGAGAUACUAGAGAACUUGGAGGGGGUGAAAGCCAAGAAACAGGAGGUGAAAAUAACACGAGAUGAACUUGUAAGGGCUGUAGAUGUUCUUGGAGUUCGACAAGAGGAAGAAGACAUGUAUAUUGAGGUUGGAUCUUCUAGUAGGCUAGAACAAGAGGGCCUAUGGAUGCCUUCUUCCCUUGCCUUGAUCUUGAGGUACUACCACGAGAAAGGGGUCAAACAACCUUAGAGACCCAUUUUAAGAAGGAUGAAAGAGAAAGGGUCAUCCAAUAUGUGGGGAGGUAGAUGUUUCAAGCAGAUAUUUCGUUUAAUGCCAUUAAGUUGAGUAGCUUCCAAGCUAUGUUGGAAGCAGUGGGCCAGUUUGGGCUAGAGUUGAGGGCUCCAACUUCUUAUGAGCUUAAAUGGCAAUACUAAUGAAUAACUACUUGAAGACCCACACUUAUGCAUAGGGUGUAUAUGGUUGCACAAUAAUGAUCGAUGGCUGGAAAGAUAAGAGGUACAUAAGCAUCAUGAAUUUGAUGGCGAAUUAUUCCAUUAGUAUAAUGUUCAAGAGGUCUAUUGAUGCUUCAGACAAGUCCCAUGAUACAGAGUUCAUUUUUAAUUUGGUGGACCGGUGUAUAAAAGAGAUAGGGGAGGAUGAAGUGGUCCAAGUUGUGAUCGAUAUCCAUUCAACUACCAUAGCGGUCGAUAGAUUAUUGAUGGAUAAGGGGGCGCGUAUUUUCUAGUCUCCUUGUGCAGGACAUUGCAUAAACCUAAUGCUUGAGACCAUUGGUAAGAGGAAGACAUCCAUGUCAACCAUUGAAAAGGCAAAGAAAGUCAUAGUUUAUUUGUACAGUCACGCUCAGGUCUUAGCUAUGAUGAGAAAUUUUACUGAGAGCAGAGACUUGGUGAGGCCUAGGGUGACUAGAUUUGCCACCUCGUACUUGUCCUUACAAUCUUUGAGCAGAAGGAAAAAGUGAGGUCCCUGUCUGUGUCUGAGGAUUGGCCCAAGUCCAAUUGGUCCAAGAAAGUUGUCGGAAGAGUUAUUAUGAACAUUAUUAUGGACUCAAGAUUUUGGAACAAGGUCCAGUAUGCCUUGUUAGUCUUUCACCCUUUGGUAAAUGUUCUCUAGAUGGUUGAUGCUGAGAAGAAACUUGCUAUGGGGCAUAUCUAUAAAGCCUUGCAAGAUGCAAAGGAAGAAAUCAAGAGAUCUUUGUGGGAUGAAAAGUGGUAUGGGGAGUUUUUGAAGAUUAUUGAAGACAAAUGGAACUCCCAUCUUGAGAUGCCCCUGCACUUAGUAGAAUACUACCUUAACCUUGCUCACUUUUACACCGAUGUUGAGGUACAUAGUAGGCCUGAGUUCAUGGAUGCUUUCAACCAGUGCAAUGUGAAGCUCAACCCUGAUCCUGAAGUGCAAGAUAAGGCAAUGAUGGAGUUAGAUUUGUAUAGGCUCGGUACUGGAUCUCUAGAUUUACAAGAAAUAGGUGCAUGGUGGAUGGGCCAUUGUGGAAGCACCAUUCAUUUGAGGCAGAUGGCCAUUAAAAUAAAAAAUCUUACUUGCUGCUCUUGUGGAUGUGAGCACAACUUCAACACCUUUAAAAUGGUGCAUACAAAGAAGAGGAACAGACUAGAGCUAAAAUGACUGAACGACCUAGUCUUAGUUUUGUAUAAUCGGAAGUUGCAAGAGCGUCAGCAACUUCAGCACCUUUAAAAUGGUAAUAUUACGUAUUAAGUUAAUGUCAUACAUACUUAGUAGACUAGUUAGUACUUAGUAAGUUAGUAACUAAGUGAGUUCUUUUUCUAGUAGGUGCAUACAAAGAAGAGGAACAGACUAGAGCAAAAAUGACUGAAUGACCUAGUUUUAGUUCAGUAUAAUCAGAAGUUGCAAGAGCGCCAUCAAUAGCUGGAGCGCAAUCAAAGGGAGGCUAUUGAAGCUUUUGAUAUUGAUGACAUAUGCAAGUGAACGGUUGAUGCCAGUGAUGAUGAAGUUUACCUUGGAGAGGGCUUGACCUGGGGCCAGGUCCAUGAGGCUGUUGGGAUAGCAAUGCCCCCUGCGCGUACCACUCGGGCUCAAACUCAGAGCCAAAGGAAGGGGAAGGAGAAGGCCUAGCAAGGGAAGGCAGUGAAAGGAAGGCAGUGACGAAGAAGAGGUAGAGGGUGAUGACAUCAAGAGUGGAUGAUGAAGAGGAAGAAGUAGAUUCAGAGGAGACGAGGGAUGAUGCUCAAUAUGUUGAGGAGGGCGAUGACUUUGAUGAUGAUGGCAUGGCAACAUCAUCAUCAGAUGCUCCUCAUGCUCCAAUUGAACACCCUGCGUGGUGGUGCCACUUAUGCCAUAGAGUUGUUUGGUUGAUGACUUGAUGUAUUUUUUUUUUUGAUUUUGCCUUCUUGGCUGUGUAUCAUUUCCAGUCUAGACUUCUAGCUUCCUACCAUGACAUUUGGGAUUUCAAGCAUUUUUAUAUCUUACAACUUACAAGUUACAAACUUACAAUCUCUUUGAGACUUGUAUCAUCCGUAAAUCUGUUACGUGAUUGUAGUAUUGUAUUUGCGCUAUUAUGUUUUUGUCUAUUUCACGAUCACAAGGAGUUUGAGGCUCUAAAAUAGCCCUAAGAACUCCCUAAGGCUUUAAACCAUGCCCUAAGAA